UGUCAAAUUGACAAAAUAUUAUUUCGAAAAGUUGGCGUAAAUUGAUAAUUUCAUGCUAAAGUUACGAUGAUUUUUUUCCAUAAAACAUUAUUGUAAUUUCAUUUUGGAUGCAUAGUUGCGUCAUUCAAAAGUGCCACGGGCGUGUCAGCGAACUUUCAAUCGAUGUUUGGAGUUGAAUCUCCUGCGAACGGAGAUGUCUAAGAUGAAGAAGUUGACUGGCUCAUUCCGCUAUACGCAAUGGGAUCCUUGCCUCAUAGUGUCUCAGAUAGUGGCAAUGCAGUUCAUACUAUACCUCACGUUAAGUUUAUUGAUCGCUGUGAUGCAGGACCUGACGACAUCCACCAGGACUUUGGACCAUCUGUUUCAGUACCAUGAAAUCCAAGUGAAAGAUGAUGAAGGCAGAGCUGUGAUAGUGGCAUUUGUGCUGAAUGCUGUCGUAGGAGCCUUUGCUCUGUGGAUGCUGGUGGGAAGAACAAAGUUGUGCUUAGAUUUUAGUUGCACCUUCCUUGGAAUUCACUUAUUGUUCUGCUGGGUGUACAACCACAGUUUCCCCUUCACUUUCUCCUGGUGGGCGCUCAACAUAGCUUGUGCUGCCAUAAUGUGUGUGGCUGGCGAGUUUCUGUGCCUGCGCACAGAAUUGCAAGCAAUACCCCUCAGCAAUAUCGGCGCUAAAGUGGAUUUAUGAAAGUUAACUGUAAUAUUUACAUAAUGGUUGGACUAUUCGCAUAUGUUGAGUGGACUAUGCGCUCAUAAUGAAUGGACUAUUCGUGUGUAAUGUAUGGACUGAAUUGCUGAACUGACUAAAUAAGUGUAAAUAAUCUCCUGUAGUGCUCACAAGCGAUCAACAACAUAUCUUGUGAAGAGAAGGAGGAUAUACCGCUAUCUCUUUCACUGCGUUGUGACGAUAGAGAUGGGACUAGGACAACUCCGCCGACGCAUUGGACGACAUGGACGUCAUGACGUGGUUCCAGCCUGUACUGUAAAUCAUCAGUUGCCACAUUCCCCAGUGGUGUAUUUGGUGGUAGUGGUUGUAUUUAUACAUGAAUUUUACAGAAAAAUUUACUGUUUUAUUAAAAACUAAUGUCUGGAGUGCUCCUGUUUCAACUAUUGUAAAAGUGAUUUGGAAAAUGAAUAUUGUGUGUAAAUAUUUACUGAAGUUAAUAAUAUUAAACUAUUAGAUAAAGUAUCCUACAGUUAAUAAAUUGAUUUAAUUGAUGAUAAACUAUUUAAAUUAUAAACAUUUUUAUUUAGAUUUUUAAUAUAAUGAACUAAUGUUAUCAGUUUCACGCUUACAUACAUUUUUAUGAUUUUGUUUUUGGACGCUGAUGGUAAGACAUGUAUUAUAAUGAAUUUAUAUUUAAAACAAGAUAUAUUGGUCAAAUUUUAUAAAAUUAUGAACAAUAUAGGUACACCGAAAACGAAACAAACUUCAAAAUGUAUUUUAAAAGAAACAGUUCAUGCUGUGAAAAAUAAAUUUAAUUUAAAUUAUCUUUAAAUUACUCCAAAAACACAUACAUUCACGUACUAUGCCAAUGAGUGUUUUGUUACAAGAAAAGUAAAAAGCUUACAUUUCAUAUAGAUCAUCAUCAGUCUUGAGCUAGGAUUCAGAUACAGAUACAUCUGUGCUAAAUUAGGUUGUGAAGUUUAUAUAGUCCAUCCAUUAUGGCAACAUAUCUGAAAAUAUUGGAUGGACUAUAAUAUAAGUAUGAUACUGUCUGCAUGAGCGAUUGAUACUCAUUAAAUAUUUUAUUUAAUUUGUGUUUAACCAACUUCAAAAAAGAGGAGGUUCUAUUUAAAUGUGUAUUUUAAGGCAGAAAGUAAUAAUAAUAGAUUAAUAAAAUGCUUGGCUGUGCUGUAAUUGACUAUGGUAGCGCGUUAGCAACUGAGUCGUGAGACCAUUAUUUGAUUAAUUUAUAUGUCUUGACCCCGCCAGUCUGCAUUGGAGCAGUGUGGUGGGCUUAUCUCCAAAGCCCCUCCUGUAAGGAGGCAGGCCUGACUAUAGAAUUUGUAGUAGACCUUCAAAAUAGCCUAUUAUGGACUCAGUUGAUAACGCAGUUACUAUAACGUUUAAUUGUGUAAUACAUAUUAGGGAUAAUAAUAUCAUUUCAUAGGUAAUUUAUUUUGUAUUUUAUAAAAAAGGCACGAACUCGACUCGAACAAGACGUCGCCCUAUAUUUAGUAUGUAUAAAUAAAUAUAGGUAAAGGAAAUAAUAAUGUUAUAAAAUAUUUUUUAAUUUAAUUUUAUUUUUAAAUUAUCAAAUAACUGAUGUUAGUAUUCCAACGAACAGGCUAUGAAUUUAAAAUAAAUCGGUUUUUGGGAAAAUGUGGACAAACAAGUGACGUCACUUGUCAAUUACACAGUUAGGGCCUUGUUAUGUUCUUAAAGCAUAUUAUUAUAUAGAAUGCAAAGACAAUAUUUAAUAAUUAUUUUAUUCUUAACACGAUAAAAUUAACUGUUAUUUAUUUACUAUUCAAGUUAUAAGAACAAAUGUUAAUUUUAUUGCCGGCUAUCUUCUCAGCAGGACGUUUCUACGAACCAGUGGUAGAUUCUCUACCAAUAGUCAAACAUUACAUUUCUAAAAGUGCUUGAGAACUAAGCUUACUUCAAAUAAAUGUUUUUUUCUGAAAUUAUAAUUAAAUAUUCGAAUAAGUAUUAUAGUUUGAUGCAAACUAUAAAACGUUUCGACGAAAAUUUAAGUUUAUUUAUUGAUAUAUUUUUAUAUAAUACCUAAUUUAGUAAGACGUUGAACUAGUUAGAUAAUUUAAAAAUAAUUAAUUGUAAAUAAAUUAUUAUUAAAAAUACCAUUUAAAAA